UGACGCGACCGCCAUUUUGUCAAGUUUGCAAUCAUUCUGCUCGCUUGAACCAAGAGCUCAACCAGACACUUCACGUCCUGUCUUUGCAUGAUGAGGAGUUUAAAGCAAGCUAAAUACAAAUGUAUUGGAAUUUUCUUAUUCCUUUUUACCGCAAUUCAUUCGUUAUAUACAUAUUGAUUAUUGAUAUAUUUCCAGUUUGGUGCGUACAUGUACAACAAGUGUAAAAUACAAAAAAGACAAAAGUGAUACAUUAACAAUAUCUGGGAUUUUCUUCUAUAUUCACAAUGACGAAUAUCAAAUCUCGGCAAUUAAUGAAUGAGUUGAACAAAAACUUGGGAAACAAGAGUCGGAAUCAGGAUUACAAAGAUGCAGAUGACAAUUUCAAAAAGGUGAUGAUGCAAUUUAAACUAAAGGAAGCACAUCAUACAAGUGAAAACAGCUGGUCGACAAGACCAUCUUCAGACAAAAGCAAAGACAAACAAACAGAAGAAGAUGUUGCAGAUCUUGCAGAACUGAAACAAGGUCAUCAUGUAGACUUGAAACAAGAGGCUAGAAUGCAUUUUAAAAAUUUAGCCGAAGAGAUGAAAAAUCAAGGCGGAAAGGAAGUCUUGAAAAGGCCGAACAAUGGUGAUUAA